AUGACCUCUGGCCGGCUAUUGCAGAGCAGCAGGUCUGCCCUGCAGGUGUCCUGUCCCUCACGAUUGUCCCGAACCCGCGGCUUUGCGUCUGUCAACAAUGCGACCUCCCAAGAACUUGAUGUUUCAUCGCGAACACCGCCAUACCCCAAGCUUCUGAAGAGGCUGGCUGAGGUGCGCCGUGUGCUUGGAGCUGAGCGCGCCCUCACACUGUCGGAGAAGAUCCUGUACUCCCAUCUCGACAACCCGGAGGAGUCCCUCCUUACAGGAACCGACAAUGGCUUGAAUAUUCGUGGCAAUGCCAACCUUAAGCUGAAGCCUGACAGAGUCGCUAUGCAGGAUGCAUCUGCUCAGAUGGCACUUCUUCAAUUCAUGACGUGCAAACUGCCUUCCACUGCCGUGCCAGCCAGUAUUCACUGCGACCAUAUGAUUGUGGGUCAGAGGGGUGCGGAUGUUGAUCUGCCAGAGUCCAUCAAGGGCAAUAAGGAGGUCUUUGACUUUUUAGAGUCGGCGUCGAAGAAGUACGGUAUUGAGUUCUGGCCACCGGGAGCUGGUAUCAUUCACCAGACUGUGUUGGAAAACUAUGCGGCCCCUGGCCUGAUGAUGCUUGGAACGGAUAGCCACACACCAAACGGUGGUGGACUUGGAGCAAUCGCAAUUGGUGUGGGUGGUGCCGACGCCGUGGAUGCUCUUGUUGAUGCGCCUUGGGAGUUGAAGGCACCAAAGGUUCUCGGUGUGCGCCUGGAAGGCCAACUCAGUGGCUGGGCAUCGCCAAAGGACGUCAUCAUGCAUCUGGCUGGCAAACUUACUGUCAGGGGUGGAACUGGAUUCAUCAUCGAAUACCACGGCCCUGGCGUUGAUACGCUAAGCUGCACAGGCAUGGCUACCAUCUGCAACAUGGGUGCCGAGGUUGGAGCGACAACUUCCCUCUUCCCAUUCUCCCAGCGAAUGGUGCCAUAUCUCGAGUCGACGCACCGAGCUUCUAUUGCCCGUCAAGCAAGGAUGAUCGCCUCGUUCCCAUCAGCUCGCAACCUGCUGUCCCCUGAUGAGAAUGCUAACUACGACCAAGUUAUUACAAUCAACCUUUCCGAACUGGAGCCAUAUGUGAAUGGUCCCUUCACACCUGAUCUUUCAACGCCUAUUUCGCAAUUCGCUGCCACCUCCGAAGCCAAUGGCUGGCCCAAGAAGGUCUCGGCAGGCCUCAUUGGGUCGUGCACAAACUCUUCAUAUGAAGACAUGACCCGCGCUGAGGAUCUCGUCAAGCAGGCCGCCGCAGCUGGUCUCACCCCAAGCGUUCCGUUUUUCAUAACUCCUGGGACUGAGCAGAUUCGCGCCACUCUCGAGCGUGACUCCACCCUCUCCACCUUCGAGGAAUCCGGGGGUGUUGUUCUUGCCAAUGCAUGCGGACCCUGUAUCGGACAGUGGAAGCGUACCGCAACUGAGGAAGUUCCACUCCCCACUAAGGGCGAGCAGAAUGCCAUAUUCACCUCCUACAACCGCAAUUUCCGCGGCCGCAACGAUGGAAACCCGGAUACCAUGAAUUUCCUCGCAUCCCCCGAGAUUGUCACCGCGAUGGCUUACGGCGGAUCCACAUCCUUCAACCCCCUCACCGACUCCAUCACCACCCCCUCUGGCGCCGAAUUCAGGUUCUCGGCUCCCUUCGGCUCCGAGCUCCCACAGUCUGGCUUCGAGACCGGAAACCCCGACUUCCAGCCUAUUACCGGUGCUCCCAGCCCCGAGACCCCCGUCGUCGUAUCCCCCACAUCCGACCGCCUUGCCCUGCUCGAGCCCUUCGCACCGUUCCCCGAGGGUAACCUGAAGGGCCUCCGCGUCCUCUACAAGGUCACCGGCAAGUGCACCACCGACACGAUCUCCGCGGCCGGCCCGUGGCUGAAAUACAAGGGCCAUCUCCCCAACAUCUCCGCCAACACCCUCAUCACCGCCGUCAACAAGGCGACCGGCGAGGUCAACGUCGCUUACGAUGUCGACGGCUCCACCAGCGGUAUCCCAGAGCUUGGUGAGAGGUGGAGGAGCCAGGGCGUUGAGUGGCUCGUUGUUGCUGAGAGCAACUACGGCGAGGGUUCCGCACGUGAGCACGCUGCUCUGCAGCCGCGUUACCUUGGUGGCCGUGUCAUCCUCUCCAAGAGCUUCGCGCGUAUCCAUGAGACCAACCUGAAGAAGCAGGGUGUUGUGCCGUUGACGUUUGCGAACGAGGCGGACUACGAUGCGAUUGAUGCAUGUGACGAGGUUGAGACCGUGGGGUUGUACGAGAUGUUGAAUAAUGGGGGUCAGGGUGAGGUGAGCCUGAAGGUUACCAAGCCCAGUGGAAAGGAGUUUGUGAUUGAGACGAAGCAUACUUUCAGCCCUGAUCAGGCUAGCUUCGUUAUCGCUGGCAGUGCGUUGAACCUUUUGGCUAAGGCUGCCGCGGAGAAGUCUGCUUAG